AUGGCCGCCGUAAAGAAACGUCCAGCACCCACGGGAACUGGCAUUUCAAAUGACCAGGCUCCCACCCCAACUAACAAAAUUAGACUAUCUCAUCACAACACAGUCUCCCUGAUGCUGCCAAAGGAUGAAAUAAUGCAACAAGACUACGAAGUCAAGGAUAAAGAAAGCAGUACCACAUUUCUAGAGAAGUCCCCGUUUCGUCAAAUAGGCGAAACCAUGUCAAACGAAAGCUUAAUAUUAACAAUUCUCCAUAUUACCCAAUACACAGGUAUCCCACGCAUUGUCAUAGAAGGACUCAGAGUAGUAGCCAUAUUGCUAGAGGAUGGCCUUAAAACCAGACAGGAGGCUACACUGACCACUCAGCAACUGACAGACUCUAUCUCAGCCGCCAUUUCAACCCAACUAGUACUGGACCUCUCGAACACGCUAUCGUCUCACGUAAUAGCGGCUAUUUCACCUCAAAUUGCAUCUAUCUUAAUGGCUUCUGAGACCCUCAAAUCGAAUGUCAACAAAAUUGCGAAAUUCAAAACAAUCAUAGAGACAAACUUGAAGGAAGACAACACUUCUGCAUCCGCAGCUGCAAACCGAGCGGAACUUGCGGCUGACGCCGUCCUAAGCAGUAUCACUGAUGUCAAAAGUGCUAUAGAAUCACUAACUACUCCCCCUCCCAGCGCAAUUCAGUCGAAAACGACGAAGUCAUACAGUGCAGCAGCUCAACACAAUGCACAGACCUCAGCUCCCAUCUCGGCAGCGAUUACUUGCACCUCCACAAGGGACCAACAAAUCUUGUUUGAUCCAACUCCAGGCAAAGCCCUAUUCGCACCCGAAGUAACAUCAGCAGACAUAGCAACCAAAAUGAAACAAGCGCUAACAACAUCUGAAUCGGAUGACACACCCGAUAUUUUAAUCAAGGCAAUCACACGCCUCAGAAACAGUGGCCUCAUAGUAGAACUCACAACCACAGAAGCCGCUACAUGGAUAAGAAUUCCAGAAAAUUGA